ACUUCCUCAUCGGCAUAAACAGUGUGCUGUAAAAUCGUGCUGUGCUGAAGAUGUCGAAAGUAACAUUUAAAAUCACCCUGACGUCGGACCCCAGAUUACCCUACAAAGUAUUAAGUGUACCUGAAAGCACACCAUUCACAGCAGUGCUGAAAUUUGCAGCAGAGGAGUUCAAAGUGCCUGCUGCCACCAGCGCCAUCAUUACGAAUGAUGGCAUUGGAAUUAACCCAGCACAAACUGCAGGGAACGUGUUUCUAAAACACGGAUCAGAACUUCGGAUCAUUCCCAGGGAUCGAGUAGGACAGAGCUGCUCUCCGGAAAGGAUGCGACUGUGCUAGGCGACGCCGUUGAGUCUUAGGAUCUGAACACACUUGUGUAUUUAUUGUGCGGCCCAGAGUCGAUCUCUUUCUCACAUACAGCAUAGCAGACAAAAGCGUCAGUCAACAGUCCCAACUCUGGGCUUUUAGGACUCUCACUUCCUCUCCUGCCAAAGGCAUAUUACCGCAGGAUGUGCAACCUAAACCGUUAUCAUGAUUUUCAUUUUUGUAUUGUUUUUUUUUUUUAAUUCAUAAAUGAGUUUACCUUGAGUCAUGCAGACUUAAAAAGAAAAGAAAAGAAAAGAAAAUGGUCAGUACUCAUUCAUUUCUCACAGACCCAGGGCAAAUAAGUGUUUGAAGUAUCUGAACCGCUGGGUCCUGUCCCAGUUCUCCUCAGAGCUCCUUUUCACAUUAAAUGGCAGUUAUGAUGAGGGCUUUGUGUAAUGUUGGUUUAGUAUAGUAAUAUCAAACACAUUCAGUCCCGAAUUUUAGUAGCUUAAGUCAAAAGGACACAAGGUAAAAAGGAGCCACGUGAAAGUAUUGGAACGGGGCUCAGUCAUUCACAUACUCCAAAUGCUUAUUUGACCUAGGUCUGUUUAAUAGUGACUGUUAUGCUGUGUCUGAGUACAGUAAGCUGUGUGCUUAUCAUAAAUCUGUUGAAAGCGUUUAUCUAACAAGCUGUUUUUGAAGUUUGUUUUUUUUUUUUUUCAGAAAUGCACUUGGCAGUCUUUCAAUCCAUUUUCCAUUUUGGAGAUAUACUGUGCCAUUAACUCUUCAGUUUCACAAGAAAUACACAAAUUAUAAAUCACAAAACUGUCACGCUGGUAACUUCAUGUGUACGUCUGUUAACCAUCUAACGUCAUAGAGCUUUAUCUUUACGUCAAGUCAAGUCUAGGAUUUAAUUUAUACACUGUUUUUCAUUCCCUUUCAGGCAAGUUAAGAGGAAUGAGAGAUUAUUAACAAUUUUUCUCCACAAAUAGAGGAAAGAGAUAUUUUAUUUGGCUAUGAGCAUGAGAUCACGACAGUGAUUAAACCAUGUGAUCGAAAACUGAUUGCUCAAUACCAAAAAAAUUUAACUGGUUACACAAACGUAAAUCUACUCCAUCUCUCAUUGGUUAUGCCAAUUUUCUCCUUGUUAUUGUAUGUAAUACAAAAAAAAAUCAAAUAAACUUCAAUCUGCAUAUAUGAACAGUAUGAAAAUGCCA